GGCGGCGAUUUUCGUAUUCAAAAGUGUUAUAUAAGCCAAAGUGAUUUCUCUGAGAGAAAAUGAACCCAUAUUGCAAACACAUUCCACUUACUGCACCUGCUACAUUGAGUACUUCCAACUUUCUUUUUUAAACACCUUCAACAUACACUCUCGAGACAUCAUGACUAUACCAUCUGAAUCGACUACUGAUGUGGUGAUCAUUGGUGCUGGGCCAUCAGGUCUUAUGGCUGCUUUAUGGAUGGCGAGAUGCGGUGUGAAAGCACGCAUCAUCGAUGCCCGUGCCACAAAGGUCUUCAGAGGCCAUGCUGAUGGAAUGCAGACUGGAACGCUGGAUAUAUUUGACUCGUUUGGCAUUGUAGAUGAACUCUACAAGAACGCUGCUCCUGCAGUGGAGAUGACGUUCUGGGCUGGUACUAAGGAUGACCCCAUGAAACGCGUUGCUCGCUUUCCAAAAUGGUACCCAGAGCUCGGUAACUACCGUCUGGUCCACACUAGUCAAGGGAACACUGAGCGUGCUAUGCUGGAUGGUAUGAAAGCCUUGAACGGACUCGAAGUCGAACGAGGUGUCAUAGCGACAGGCCUUGAAAUUGACGAGGCGAAUGUGCAUGAUCCUCAAGCUCAUGCGAUCAAAUUGACGGUUAGACAUCUCACGGACGAAGAAUUAGCUGCGUCUUCGAAAGACGAAACUAUUCCCCGGCCCGGGGAUUUCAACUAUAACCCAGCAGACGAGCCAUACAUGAAGCGCAAAGUUACUGGAAAAGAAGGCAGCACCGAAGUCAUCAGGGCCAAGUUUGUGAUCGGUACCGACGGAAACCGAAGCUGGACUCGCAACGCUUUGGGUUUCGACUUUAUCGGAGAUGAUGAGUCCGGGGACGAGGGUUUUGGUGGUAUUCUGGACUGCGUUGCAACUUCGAACUUUCCGGACAUCCGUAUUCAAUCAGUCGUCUCCAAGGACGGACGUGGAGCGGGUUUCGUACCCAGGGAGAAUGGGAUAACGCGCAUUGCAGCCCCCAUUUCUAGCAGGGCAGAGGCGACUCCAGAAAACAUCAUCAAGUCAUUGAAGGAGGUUCUCCAUCCUUAUGAGAUUAAUGUCAGCCGUAUUGAUUGGUGCGGAGUUUUUGGCACCCGCCAACGAAUCUCAAGCUCUGCUUCUAAGCACUCCCGCGUCUUUCUUGCUGGCGACGCACUGCAUGUCCAUUCACCAAGAGCGGGAAUUGGCAUGAACUUCAGUAUACAAGAUGCAUAUAACCUGGGCUGGAAAAUCGCCCAUGUUUUAAAGGGGAUUUCUCCACUGUCCGUUCUCCAGACAUACGACGAAGAACGUGGAUUGACCACCAACCAGCUCAUCGCUUUUGAUAAAGCACUGUCGAAGCAGUCGAAUUUGAAAGAAAACUUUUCGGUUAAAGGAACCAGUAACGGCAUAAAAGACGCUCUCCCAUUUUCAAGCACUACGGCAAUCGAGUACGAGGCUGGAUUGUUUGUCGCCAAGGAAGGUGGCCCGAUUGUUUCCAAGCAGCAUUUGGCGUCUGGCAUUGUUGUAGGCAGACGUCUACCCUCGCACGUUGUCGAAAAGCACGCCACCGGAGAAGCGGUCGAUUUCGGAAAAUCCUUCCCUAGUGAUGGUCGGUACCGGAUCGUUAUCUUCGCGGGCGAUAUAUCGCGACCAGAGCAGUUACGCCGAGUGGAACGUUUCAGCGAGCUGCUAGAGCUCCCUGACGCUUUCCUUCAGCGUCUCGAUGGGCAUGCCAUCUCGCCGCGAGACGUGUUUGAAAUCCUUGUUCUGCAUAGUGCGAGCAGGGAUGAUGUCGAGAUCGCUGACCUGCCCUCGUUCCUCUUUAAGCAUGCUGAUGCUUUGGAUCAAGUCUUUGUUGACAACAAUGAAACAAGGGACUGGACCCUAGGUGAAGCAUACAGCAAGUAUGGGGUAGGUCGAGAAACAGGAUGCAUUGUACUAGUCCGGCCGGAUAGGCAUGUCAUGUACAUCGGCGAGUUGGAAGACGGUGCCGAGAUGGUCAAACUCGUGUCCUCAGUUUUCGUUUGA